UUGCCACUCAUAUCCCUCGCCAGGCCGCCCUGAUCCCAGCCACAGCCCUUCCCACCUGGCAACCCGGCCCCGCCGGACGCCCAGGCGCCUCCACCCCAGGGCCGGAUCAGCCGCGUCCACCGGGAGAACAGACCCGCUCUCCGGCCGAGCCAUGACGGACGUCGGCUGGUGGAAGCUGACCUUCCUGCGCAAGAAGAAGUCCGUCCCCAGGGUCCUGUACGAGAGCCCGGACAGGCACGCCCAGCUGGACGGGGGCCCGGACCCCUCGCGGCCCGAGCCCUGCGGCGUGAGCGGCGACUUCGAUGCCCGGCUGGAGAAGAUUGUGGACAAGAACACCAAGCACGUCAAGGUCUCUCACUCGGGCCGCUUCAAGGAGAAGAAGAAAGUGAGGGCCUCCCUGGCGGAGCACCCCGACCUCUUCACCGACGAUGAGAACGGCAAGGGGCAGUGAGUGUCCUGAGGCCCCGGGCCUCUGCCCCCGCCGGCCGCCCAACGAUAAUAAUAAUAACGAUGGCAUUGAUUAAAGCGCUUACUCUGUGCAAG